AUGGGAUCUGGCUUAUGUGGACUGAAGAACGUCAGUGGCGAUGAGGCAAAAUCCCGAAGAAUCGAUUCAGAGCUGAAGAAGGAGCAUGUUUCAGAGAAAAGAAAAAUUAAGAUCUUACUUUUAGGCAGUGCAGAUUCCGGCAAAAGCACCAUCGUGAAACAAAUGAGGCUAAUUCAUUCCGCCGGAUUCAAUGAAACCGAGGCGAUCGAUGCCAUUUUCGUGAUUCGAAAAAACAUUGUGGAUGCUUUUAAUAGCAUCGCUGUGGGGGUUGAAGAGACAAGUAUGAAUAUUCCAGAAGGAGAAAAGUCAAUCCUGGAGCAGUUUUCAAGACACAGUCACGAAAUCGAAAUCAUGGAAGAGAAAUCAGAGCUACAAUUGCUUAACGAUUUCCUGAAAUUGGAGUGCGUCCAGUGUUUUCUGACAAAACACGCUACAUGGCCGACCAUCCCGGAUAAUUAUGGCUACUUUUCUUCUCAUCUUGCUCGAAUACUCACUGCUAACUACAUGCCGACCAGUAUGGAUAUUGUUCACAUGCGUAAACCCACAAUAGGAGUCCAUGAGUUCGCAUUUGAGUUCAAGAAAUAUGCGAUAAGACUCAUAGAUGUUGGCGGUCAACGGACAGAAAGACGAAAAUGGAUCCACUUUUUCGAAGACGUUACUGCAGUAAUGUUCGUAGCAUCACUAAGUAGUUAUGAUCAAGUCAUGGAAGAAGAUAUGAAGUUGAUGCAGGUAGUCUCUACAGGCCUUAAACCGUGUCAUGCUGUGGUACGACAGCAAACAUCUAAUCCUAAUCCACCAAAGAAUCGCUUAAUGGACAGCAUCGACCUGUUCGGUGAUAUCGUGAAAAACGAGUUUCUAAAAACCUGUUCCUUUAUUCUGUUCUUGAAUAAAGUCGAUCUUUUCAAAACAAAAUUGGAACACUCAAAAUUAGCUGACCAUUUUAAAACUUAUACUGGUGGAAACGAUUAUAGUUCUGCAGCUGAAUAUAUCCAGAACUGCUUUAAAAAGACCCAAUUACCGUCAAGUAACAAGUUGUAUGUUCAUUAUACGGAAGCCACGGAUACGCAACAAAUAGACUUCGUCUUUGCUGCUGCUUGUGAUAUUAUCUUACAAGCAAAUCUUGCCCGAGCUGGGAUGCAAUAA